UGGAGACAGAGGGGAGGAGCAGCGGUGGAGACAGAGGGGAGGAGGAGCGGUGGAAAUAGAGGGGAGGAGGAUCCCGCGCCCCAGAAAAGUUCGGGGAAAUGCUAUGGCCGUACGGCGACGUGGUUGUACCCACGGAGGAGGUUGCUCCAGGAAGGGCAAAUGGUUGGUGAAGGCCAUGGUUUCAGGGAGAUGAUUUUCCGUCCUGAAAAGGGGACUUACGAUGUCUGUGGUACAUCGUCUGCCAGCAGGAUGGCUUGUGGAUCAUCUCUGUUUCAUCAACCAGUGUGGCUAUGAGAUCUGUGACUCCUUUGCACACCCUGGUGGUGUCACUCCCAAUACUUCUGUCACAUCUACUGAAGACUGUCACUGGCAGAGUAAAAGUAUUUCUGCUUUUGCUGCCACCCCCUCAUCAAGCGAUGGUCCUUCUUACGGUCCUGGAAAUGCUGUAGAAACAGAAGGUAAAAGAGAAAAAAUGAGAUACGUGUUUCGGGAGGAGUUCUUUGACAUUUCUAAGCCCCAUAUAGCUGCGGCUCCUGAGGAGCAGCUGUGUCAGGGAUGCCCUGAGGUGAGUCUGACAGAAAUAAAGGCCAGCAGCAACAGAGAGGAAUACCAAGAAGGAGCAAAGAGUGACACUGGAGAUUCUCUUGCCACUGCUAGGAAGAAACGUAAAAGGAAAUGUGUGUUCAACCAAGGUGAACUGGAUGCUUUGGAAUACCAUUCAAAGGUCAGGAAGCUCAUUUGGGAAGGGACUUUGGAUUUAGUCCAAGAGGGACUCAAAAGUGGUUUUCUUCACCGUACAACUGCAACACUCAGUUGCAGGAAGAAUAAUGUUCCUCAGUGCAUUGUCUGUGGGUUGGCUGAACUAUGUGAAAUGGCAAAGCAGUUUCCAGCUGUGAAUGAAAGUGACCAUCAAGCUGUACAUGUGCUAGAGGAGGAAACCUCCAGUGCAGAGCAGGACCUGCUUUCCUGUGUUGUGGAAAACAGCUCAAACUGUGCAAAGAUAAUUGUGUUAAUGGGGCAGAAAUACUUGGUGCCACCAAGAAGCAGUUUCCUCUUAUCUGAUAUUUCAUGUUUACAGCCCCUGCUGAACUACAAGAAGAAAUAUGAUGUAAUUGUGAUUGAUCCACCAUGGGAGAAUAAGUCUGUUAAAAGGAGUAACAGGUACAGCUACUUGUCUUCAUGGCAAAUCAAGCAGAUUCCUGUACCAGCACUUGCUGCUCCAAAUUGUCUUGUAGUCACAUGGGUGACUAACAGACAGAAGCACUUACGUUUUGUUAAGGAUGAACUUUAUCCUCACUGGUCAGUGAAAACACUUGCUGAGUGGCACUGGGUAAAAAUUACUACAGCUGGAGAAUUUGUGUUGCCUUUGGAUUCUUUGCACAAAAAACCCUAUGAAGUUCUCAUACUGGGGAGAGUUCAAGGAGAUGUAAAGGAAACCUUGAGGAAAUCUGAAGGUGUUCAUCCAAUUCCAGAGCAUCAGUUAAUUGUCAGCAUACCCUGCAGUCUGCAUUCGCAUAAACCUCCUCUUGCUGGCCCCAUUUAAGCAUUGAAAAGCCACAAUAAGGUCUCCCUGGAGCCUUCUCAUCUUCAAGAUGAACAACCCCAGCUCUCAGCUUCUCCUCCUAGGAGGGGUGCUUUAGCCCUCUGAUCAAAUUGUCAGCAAAUUAUGCACAAGAAAUUCUUAUCUUAAUGGAGCUGUGAAAAGAACAAUAAUUUUAUCACUUUUUUAUUAUGAUGUGUUUGCAAAAUGAUAUUAAGCAACUACUCAUAAGUGGUGUCUAAUUAGAUGAACACCCACAACAUCAAACAGUGUGUGAGCUUUCUGUCAGAACGUACAUUUUCCUCUAAACUUCCCAGACUCUUCUCUGUAAAUGCUAGAUUUGUUUAAACAUUUUAUCUUGCCUCUAAAAGAAGCAGGUUUUUGGAAUAAGAUUCCUUCUGGUAGCAGUAUUUUUUAGAUUAAAAGCUGCCUUGAUGAUAACCCAUCUGAGACAUUCAUGUGACAUUUGUUAAAGAUUGGGAGAAGGCAAAUAGAUUUUUACACCAUGCCAAAAUACAAAAAAGCCUGGAAACACCCAUUAAAAGUAUUUACAGAAAAGUUUUUAAUAUAUUGGAGCUUUGGAAGAGGUGAUCACAUAGGUAGGAAAUGCAUCUUGGGUUGGCUAACACUAGAAAGUGAAGUGGGUGCUCAUCUUUCUGCAGCAGGAGCAAUCCAUGGCCUCAUCAGCUGGAGUCUCACAUAGGGCAUCUGUGACUGGCAAACUUGAUGCAAAAAGUCAGUACUUGGAUUGCACCAAAAAAAAAAAGAAAAAACAUUUCCUCUCAUACUUUGGUGUAUGUUGACUGUAUGUGUUUUUGCUUUAUGCAGUGAUCAUAUCUGAAGAGAGAGAGUGAAGGAGCAAAAUGUUGGCCUUAUGAGCUGUAAGCGACAGAGAUUUUUAAGCGACAGAGAUUCAGAAAUCAUUAGCAGAUCUGAUCUAAAAAUGACCAAAGUAUUCUUUGGAAAGGGAUAUGUUUCCAUAAUUUUUCUUCUUUUAUCUUCAGCAGCAAAACACAAAACUUGACAUGCAAUUUUUAGCAUAGAUAAGUUUUUCAGUCUUUCUGCCUUCUCUGUGUUGGGUGCUCCUUAACCCUUUGCUUUUCUCAUGUUUUUGUACACAAUGUUUUUGUAGCCAUUUUAUGAAACGUAGUUAAGGAGUUCCUCAAACCAGCCACAGACUAAUGGUUCUAUAUGACAAGUAACACAUUUAACAAUAAACUCUUUACAAUAAUACUUUUCAAGCAAAAUGCAAGAUCUUUUUCUGUCACUCCAAGGAUACCAAUGAUCAGUGACACAGUUGAUAUUAAUGACAGCCGUCUUUAUAUUUGGAUUUAGGCAGCAAAAAUGCCUAACUGUAAAAGAAAUUUGAGAUUUAUGUUACUGAAUAGCAGUAACAGUUAUAGAAAGAUCUUUUCAGCUGCCAGGUUGAUAUUGAGGAAAAAAAUAGUUCCUGCAUUAUAGCCCUUUUAGUGCUAUACUUAUUUAACUGGUAUUACUGUUAACAGUUGUCAUUACAAAAAUAUUUUUUCCCCUUUAAGGUAUGGUGGAAAAGAGAGUGUGCUCUUAAUUAAGGAAAGGGUUUAUUUAUUUAUUUAUUUAAGUAUUGUCCCCAUGUUAUUGGAGCUAAGUGAGGCUUUAGGAGGUGUUUGGUUGAUAUUAGUAAAAAAAUUCAGAACUCAUUUAUGUAGAGGCUGAAAUAAAUCCUCCUUCCCUUUCUCUAAAUGAAAACCAAUAAAUCAAGGCUAUUAAAGGCCUUGACAGUAUUUUUCAGAAUCUCAAGGGCAUUUAUUUAAGAUUACUUUCUCACUAUAAAUAGUCCAGCUGUUUGAUGAAACCUCUGAAAUUAAUUUGGUGUCUCUUCCUUUUUUAAUGAAACAUUCAUUUUUUUUCAUCUGCCAGCAUCACAGGGGAGGUUUUACUUUUUUACUAUUGUUAUUUGUGCCAUUAUCAUUGUUAUUGUCUUU